UCUCUCUCCCUCUCUCUCCCUUAUCUACUCUCCAGAGUUCACAGAGAGCUUCCAUGGCUGUUAUAAGUUUCAACCCCACCAGAAUGAAACACUCCACGGCUCAAUCUCACAAACCCAUAAACCCCUUCACCUCCCUCUCAAAACCCACCAAAAUCUCAUUUCACUCCUUCAAAUUCGCCACAGAAUCACCCAAUAAAACCCUCAAUUUCCAGAAAUUCAACUCGGUCUCCGAAAGCUCGGUUUCCUUGCCAAUGGAGGCCGAGAGUGUCGACGAAGAAGAUGAUCCAACUGCAGAAUUGAGCUAUCUUGAACCGGAAACUGAUCCCGAGAGCAUUUCGGAUUGGGAACUAGACUUUUGCUCUAGACCCAUUCUUGAUAUUAGAGGGAAAAAGAUUUGGGAGCUUGUAGUUUGCGAUAAUACGUUGUCGCUUCAAUAUACAAAGUAUUUUCCUAACAAUGUUAUCAAUAGUAUCACUCUAAAGGAUGCUAUUUUAUCAAUUUGUGAUGAAUUAGGUGUCCCUUUACCGGAUAAAAUUCGAUAUUUCAGGUCACAAAUGCAGACAAUCAUUUCAAAAUCAUGCAGAGAGCUUGGAAUAAAACCUAUUCCUAGCAAAAGGUGUCUAUCCUUGCUUCUUUGGCUGCAAGAACGGUAUGAAACUGUAUACAUGCGACACCCUGGUUUUCAAAAAGGAUCUAAACCACUUCUCACAUUAGAUAACCCAUUCCCAAUGGAGCUUCCAGAGAACUUGUAUGGAGAAAAAUGGGCUUUCGUCCAGUUACCUUUUUCAGCUGUUCAGGAAGAGGUAUCAUCUUUAGAGACGAGGUUUGCCUUUGGUGCAAGUUUAGAUUUGGAUCUCUUAGGAAUUGAAUUUGAUGACAAGACAUUGAUUCCUGGACUGGCUGUUGCAACCUCACGUGCUAAACCUUUGGCAGCUUGGAUGAAUGGACUAGAUGUGUGUUCAAUGGAAGCUGACAUAGAUCGAGCUUGCUUGAUUUUGUCAGUCGGGAUUUCUACACGCUACGUUUAUGCCACCUAUAAGAAAACACCUGUAACUACAAGUGAAGCAGAAGCUUGGGAAGCAACGAAGAAGGCCUGCGGAGGCUUACAUUUUCUUGCCAUCCAAGGUGACUUAGAUUCUGAUGAUUGUGUUGGAUUUUGGCUCCUUUUAGACUUGCCGCCUCCACCUGUAUAGUCUAAGGUAUAAAUAGCAUAUUGUCUCAUACAUUUCUUUCUUAAUUCAGCCACGAAUGAUUGCGAGUCCACCACAUUUUUUCUUUGAAAGCUAAGUUCUAUGAGCUGCUAGUUCGAUUUGUUUGGCUAAAGUAUUUAUGCUUGGUUCUACACGAAUAGUGUGAAGAUGGCUAUUCAUAUAUUUUUCCCCUGUCGGAAACGACUAUUUGUUUUAUGCCUUCCGUUUUGCUUCAACUUGUUGCUGUAUUUGCAGGUGGUUUGAAUUAAUUCAAGAAUUGUCCACAGGAAAUCGAUGUGGGUGGUAAAACUAGAAUGGUUUCAAAGUGAAACAAAAGUAAAUGCUAUAUGUCUCAAAUUCUAAGGCAUUUUCAAGUGCUUUCUGUUUCUUUCCCUCCUUCUAAAUGUUUCUAUGUGUAAAUGUUUUUUUGAACUGGCUUUCUCUCUGCAAUUAAGUCCCAACAAUGUCCUUUUCCAAUUUCCAUAAAUAGCUGGUG